GCCGUGAAAAGGAUACCCACUUUAGAUAGAGAGGGCAAGACAUAACAUCCCAAAAAUUUGCCGAUAAACAGUAUUUCAGCCAGGGGAUUCAAAAUCAUUUUGCAAACACCGUCCGUGAUAAGAUUGACUGUCGCCCGAGAGUCCCCUCAAUCCUCCAUGCUUACCUUGGAGCGAUAAAUACAGAAGCCAGGAGAUGAACUUUGACGAAAUUCUGAUUAAGUUGGGUGAGUUUGGGAGGUACCAGAAAAUUCUCUAUUUUCUGGCCGUGUGCCUUCCGGGGAUCAGCUGCGGAGUGUUUAUGGUUAUUUCCGUUUUUCUACUCGGCGUACCCGAUCAUCGAUGUGCAAUACCUUCCUAUGAAAACGACACAUACGCCAUUCAAAGUAAAUUUCACCAAUCUCAGGUGGACCUGUAUAUCCCGGAUAAGGAUCCUGACGAUGAUACACUGUUAUACGACAGAUGUAGUUACUAUGACUACGAGAAUAACACACGCACGAAUCGGAAUGCUUCUAGACACAAAACGAAGUGUUCAAAAUGGGUGUACAGCGAUGAGAUCUACGAGUCAACAUUCGCUAAACAGAUCGACCUGGUGUGUGACGAUCGCUAUAAAACGUCGCUGGCCAAGUCCAUGUUCUUUGUUGGAGUUCUAGUUGGUGCCCUCGGGCUCGGGAUGCUGUCCGAUGCCAUUGGUCGGAAGAAGACUCUUAGUCUAUCCGUUAUUCUAAUGAUGGCCUCCUCUAUCGGUCUGGCAUGGGCCCCGAAUUAUAUUGCGUUCGUGCUGAUCAGAAUAUGUGUGGGUGCAUCGACAUCUGGGGUCUUCAUGACGGGAUUUGUGAUAGGCGUGGAGUUGGUGGGGCCUAGUAAGCGGUUGUUCGCUGGUGUCGUCAAUGAGAUUUUCUUUGCCGUCGGGCUCGUCCUUCUGGCUGGCGUGGCUUAUGGCCUGAGAGAUUGGUUCUGGAUUGAGCUAUCUCUAUCAAUUCCGACAGUAAUUUUCAUCGCAUUCUGGUGCAUUUUACCGGAAUCUCCGAGAUGGCUACUAAGUAAAGGACGAACUGAGGAAGCAGAAGAGGUGCUACGAAAGGCGGCCAAAGUCAAUGGGGUCCAACUUCCGGAGAAACUUUUCGAUGAUGACGUCACAGAUGUACCGGAAACUGCAGCUUUAUGGAAUCUGUUUACAUCGAGGGUUCUACUAAUCCGUACCCUUAUCAUCUUUUUUAACUGGAUGGUGGUUAGUAUGACGUAUUAUGGGUUGUCUCUCAACACGGGUAACCUUGGCGGGGAUUUUUACGUCAACUUCCUGAUUUCCGGUGUGGUUGAAUUUCCGGCCUACGCGCUGUGUCUGCUUUUGUUAGACCGAUGGGGACGAAAGAAGUGCCACUGUUCAGCCAUGUUGCUGGGGGGAAUCGCUUGUCUCUGCACAAUAUUCACAAUCAGCUUUGGAGGAAAAGAUCUACAAUGGUUAACAACAACGUUGGCGAUGAUUGGGAAACUUGGAUCCGCCGCUGCAUUUGCUGUAAUCUACGUCUUCUCAGCUGAAUUGUAUCCCACAGUUGUCCGGAAUGCCGGAAUGGGAGCCAGUUCCUGUUGCGCGCGCAUUGGUGGUAUACUGGCACCUUACGUUGCGGAUUCGGGUGUGAUGAUUGGUGGAAAGUUUGGCCAAGCGGUGCCUUUAGUUAUAUUUGGUGGCGCCUCCGUCCUGGCGGGCGUCUUGUCCCUCAAAUUACCGGAGACACUGGAUGAAAAUCUACCGGAAACGAUCGAGGACGGCAUACAGUUCGGAACGCCUGAGUAUAGGAAGAAGCCGCAGCUCUCGUUGACAGUGGAAGCCCCGACUAAAGACAUUGGCAUGACAAAGUUCUGAAUGCUGUGUGCGGAAAUAGAAAGACGUUUAGUUACAAUAUUCACAUACGUGUAUUUAAAUACAAUUCUCCUUUAUCUA